CUCUCAUCUCCACUUCCUCCUCUCAUCCUACCUACCAUCUUCAACAUUUCGCACUUACCAUCCCCUUCCUCCUUUAUAAACUCCUUCUCUUCCAUUCUCUUCCCAUCUCACACGCUCUCUCACCUCAACCCUUGUUUCAGAUUGGUUAAUCCACUCCAUUACAGAUCUAAAAACCCUUCUUUUUUUCUUUUUCUUUUUUUCUUUUUAACAUUACAAUGGCUCUUUCCAAUGCCGCCGCUCUCUCUUCUUCUAAAUUGAUCUUUAAUCCCCUUCCUGACACUAAAUCUCAACGACCCAUUUCCUUUUCUGUUCCAUCCGAUACCCAUCUCAGGCUUCGCCAACGGAUCUCUGCUGUCCACGCUGCAGAGCCGGCUAAUGACAAGGUGGCUGUUGAGGCCCCACGGAAGAAGCCCUUCGCUGCGCCUACUACUAAUGAGAAAUGGAGUUUGGAGAGCUGGAAAUCGAAGAAGGCUUUGCAGCUUCCUGAGUACCCCGAUCAGUCUGCUCUUCACUCUGUUCUUAAAACUAUUGAGUCGUUUCCUCCCAUUGUGUUUGCUGGUGAGGCUAGGAGUUUGGAGGAGAGGCUUGGUGAGGCUGCUUUGGGGAAUGCUUUCCUUUUGCAGGGUGGGGAUUGUGCUGAGAGUUUCAAGGAGUUUAGUGCUAAUAAUAUUAGGGAUACAUUCAGGAUUCUUCUUCAGAUGGGUGUUGUCCUUAUGUUUGGUGGACAAAUGCCUGUCAUCAAGGUGGGAAGAAUGGCCGGUCAGUUUGCAAAGCCCAGAUCAGAUCCUCUUGAGGUGAAGGAUGGAGUAAGUCUGCCAAGUUACAAGGGUGACAACAUCAAUGGCGAUGAUUUUACUGAGAAGUCAAGGAUUCCAGACCCUGAGAGGAUGAUUAGAGCUUACACUCAAUCUGCUGCAACGCUUAACCUUCUUAGGUCCUUCGCCACUGGAGGAUAUGCUGCAAUGCAGAGGGUCACCCAAUGGAAUCUUGAUUUUGCUGAAAACAGUGAACAGGGUGAUAGGUACCAUGAACUUGCUCGCCGUGUCGAUGAGACCCUUGGAUUCAUGUCUGCUGCAGGACUUACUGUCGACCAUCCUAUUAUGACAACAACUGAGUUCUGGACCUCUCACGAGUGUUUAUUAUUGCCUUAUGAACAAUCACUUACCAGACUGGACUCAACAUCUGGCCUUUACUACGAUUGCUCAGCUCAUAUGCUUUGGGUUGGGGAACGAACCCGACAACUCGAUGGUGCUCACGUAGAGUUCCUUAGAGGGGUUGCUAACCCUCUGGGAAUUAAGGUGAGCAACAAAAUGGAUCCAAAUGAGUUGGUUAAACUUAUUGAAAUCCUCAACCCUGCUAACAAACCAGGAAGGAUAACAAUCAUUGUAAGAAUGGGUGCCGAGAACCAGAGAGUAAAGCUUCCCCAUUUGAUUAGAGCCGUACGAAAGGCAGGGCAAAUUGUGACAUGGGUCUGUGAUCCAAUGCAUGGAAACACCAUUAAGGCACCUUGUGGUCUUAAAACACGUCCAUUUGAUGCAAUUCUGGCCGAAGUCCGAGCAUUCUUUGAUGUGCAUGAACAAGAAGGUAGCCAUGCUGGAGGAAUUCAUUUGGAAAUGACUGGACAAAAUGUUACAGAAUGCAUUGGAGGAUCCAGGACCGUAACAUUCGACGACUUAUCUUCAAGAUACCACACACACUGCGACCCAAGGCUGAACGCUUCUCAGUCUCUUGAGCUUGCUUUCAUUAUCGCAGAGAGGCUAAGGAAGAAGAGGAUUGGAAAGCAAUCCCCACUUUCCCAAGGCUUCUUUUAAACAGACGGAGAAAUUUCUGAUUACCAUUUUGUGUUCACUUGUGAAUGAGUUGGUAGUUGCCAGAAACUCAAUAUUCAGUAACCACAUUCCAUCAAUAUAUAAAUGGUAGGAGGUAAGGUUGAGGAUCAUAUUUUUAGUUUUGAAGGAUUGGAGUAUUUUUCUGUGGGUAAUAAGUGAACUCCAACCAAGGAGCUGGAGAGGUCACAAGUUUUAGAACAUGCAUUUGACUAGUUUGUCUUUUGAGUUUUCAUUCAUUUAUGUACUCUUGAAAUUUAAUUUCUCCAAUUGUGGAGCAGGAAUUUAGAUUUU